UCUUUCUUUCUUUCUUUCUUUCUUUCUUUCUUUCUUUCUUUUCAAACUGUCCUUCUGUUUUGACUCGUUGGAGCUCAGUAACUUGUAAGAGAGGUCCAGGUACACAUUUUUCGCAGAAACUACAGGCAGGAAUAAACUUUUCCUCUCCUCCCCCAUUAAAACUGGAGCAAGUUGCAGAUGGGAACUAGGAAGUACAAAGGGCAAGUAAUACUGAGGUGUGGCCUGGGAGUUACUUCACCUCCAUUUACCUGAACACGGAACAAGUGGCUCCACUGACGGACUCUUCUAAUAACAUGAACGGGACUCAAGGCAUUAAACAAGGCCUGAUGUGGGUGUGAUGGUGUGCUUUUUGCCAUAAGCAGUUUUCAAAAUGGCAGGUGAUACCAGCACACUGUCAUGGAAGGUGCCAAGCCCAGGCUUUGAUGGGCCAAAACCUCCUGUGUUUGCCCUUGCUGGAGAGGGAGGCCCUGUGAAAAUCCUUAAAGUAUGCUUCAGCAGCAGCAACAACCUGAGAAACUUCAAACUUGUCAAGUGUGAUAGCUCCUGGCAGAUAAGGGCCAUUAUCAAGUCCAUCCUGAUCAGUGGGCGUUUGGGCCCUAAUGUUCAGAAUGCAGGUUGUUUUGGCUUGAAACUCAAACAUCUGAAGUCUGAAGAGCAUCACUGGCUGCAUCCUGAUUUGACUGUAAGUGAGGUGGAGCAGCGCUAUGAAAAAUUACAUCUGGAGGCAGAGUGGAGAUAUGACCUGAGGAUUCGCUACAUACCAGCUAAUUUCUUGGAGAAGUUUAAAGAUGACCCAACUUCACUGUUAUAUCUCUAUCAUCAGGUUCGCAAUGACUACAUGCAGCAGUAUUCUAGUAAAGUCAGUAAUGGCAUGGCAUUGCAGUUGGGUUGUCUGGAGAUCAGGAGAUUUUACAAAGACAUGAAUGCCAAAGGCCUUGAGAAGAAGUCCAAUUUUGAAUUGUUAGAGAAGGAAGUUGGGCUUGACCUUUUUUUCCCACAGAGACUGAUUGACAGUAUGAAGCCGAAGCAGCUCAAGAAGCUGAUCCAGCAGACGUUUCAGCAAUAUGGCACACUCAGAGAGGAAGAGUGCAUGGUCAAGUUCUUUAAGACCUUUGGUGAAUUCAUUAACUUUAAUGAAGAGGUUUUCCCUUGUGAACUAGUGCAAGGCUGGAGUCUAUCAGUGGAUUUAGUCAUUGGAGCAAGAGGUAUUUGCCAACGAGCACAAACGGAUUCAUCGAUGGUAUAUCUAGCAGAAUUUAAACAGAUCCAAAGUAUUAAGUGCACUGCACAAAGUGACGGUAAAGCUUUGUUAGACAUUGACAUCAAGGGAGCCAAACAGUGUCUCUCAGUCAAUGUGCCUACAUUGGCGAUGGCAGAGAAUAUGGCUGACCUGAUUGAUGGCUACUGCAGGCUUGAGAACAGCACAGAUUCAUCAUUGAUAUCUCGGCCCAAUAAAAGUACAGAGGUCCGUAACGCCCUUCCUGCAAUCCCCUCAGGUAUAGAGUUGCUUGAAUCCAUGAAAGAGACUGAACGGCACAGUAGGAAUUCUGAUAUAUACUGUGAAAUAUUGGAUGAAAAACCUCCACCUCCUGCAGUGAAAUAUGGAAUUGCGAGGACAUCCAUUGUCUUGGGACAUAUUUUGGGUUCAGGUUUUUUUGGAGAGGUCUAUGAAGGAGUUUACAAAAAAGAGAAUGGUGAGAAGAUCAAAGUGGCUGUAAAGACCUGUAAAGAGUGCUCACCUGAUAUCAUGGAUAAAUUCAUGAGUGAAGCAGCUCUUAUGAAAAAGCUGGACCACCCUCAUAUAGUGAGUCUGAUAGGUAUCAUCGAGGAAGAACCUGUGUGGAUCGUCAUGGAGCUCUACCAGUAUGGUGAGCUUGGAGACUACUUGACCAAAAACCAGAACACUUUGAUCAACGUCACACUAGUCCUGUUUAGCCUGCAAAUUUGCAAAGCUCUGGUUUACUUAGAGGGAAAGAAAAUGGUCCACAGAGACAUCGCCGUGAGAAAUGUGCUUGUUGCCUCACCAGAGUGUGUGAAGCUGGGUGACUUUGGCCUGUCCAGAUACAUAGAGAACGAGGAAUAUUACAAAGCCUCCGUUACUCGAUUGCCAAUCAAAUGGAUGGCUCCUGAGUCCAUAAACUUUCGUCGGUUCACCACAGCCAGUGAUGUGUGGAUGUUUGCUGUUUGCAUGUGGGAGAUAUUGAGUCGUGGACAGCAGCCUUUCUUCUGGCUGGAGAACCGUGAAGUGAUUAAUCAGCUGGAGAUGGGCAUCAGGCUGCCUAAGCCAGAGCUGUGCCCUCCUGCCCUGUACUCACUCAUGACCCGCUGCUGGAGCUAUGACCCCAAUGAGAGGCCCAGCUUCACCGAACUUGUCUGCAAGAUCAAUGAUGUGCACAAUAUGGAGAAGGACCUGGAAACAGAGAAGGAGAGAGACCGACAGAGAGCCACCAGGUUUCUAGAGCCCAAGUUUAGCAUUACCUCCAUGCUGAAUACCACAACAUUACAUGAACCACCACCAAAGCCCUCAAGACUGAACCCUGGUCGUUUUGGGAAUACCCUCAGCAUCGGUCUGCACAUUCAGCUAAACGAGGCGUUGUGUGCCAGUUCUCCAGAUCUAGUUAGCCCAUGUGAAUAUCAGUCUCCUGUAGACUCCACAAACAAACUGACCAUUCCCAGCAUGCCUCCCCGCCGCCUCAGCCUGGGAGAGGGGGAGUUCAGUGUAGGGCCAUCCACCAUGGAGGACGCGCAGCGCCUGUGGCACUUAGAAAAGGACCGGAUGCAGAACACCAUGAAGAGACAGAAGGAUGAGAUGGUGGAGGACAAACAGUGGCUGGAGAAAGAGGAGAAGCUUCUGGACCCUAAAAUAAACGAGGGCACAGGUGUUGAGGUGGAACCAGACCCUGAGACGCCUAAUAAUGAUGCACUUCAAAAUGCUCCUGAAAAGCCCCCAAGAAUUUCAGUGCAGCCAACCCCUACAGCAGAGCUAGAUCGCUCUGAGGACAAGGUGUACCAGUAUGUCAUGGAUCUGGUUAAAGUGGUAGUGCAGCUGAAAAAUGUUGUGAACACACUACCAUCCACUGAGUACAUAUCCUUAGUCAAGUCUGUUGGAAUGACUUUGAGGGAUUUAAUUUCCAGUGUUGAUGACAUUCUUCCAUCUUUACAAGGAGCUAUAAGGACAGAGAUUGAAGGCACGCAGAAGCUGCUGAAUAAGGACAUGGCGGAGCUGAUCGGUAAGAUGCGGCUGGCCCAACAAAAUGCCAUCACCUCUCUGAAGGAGGAGUGCAAGAAGCAGAUGCUGGCAGCAGCUCACACGCUGGCCAUGGAUGCCAAAAACCUGCUGGAUGCAGUGGACCAGGCGCGGGUGCGUGCCAACUUGGCCAAGCCCAAACCUGAGGAUGCAGUCUCCCCUGAUACAGACUAGAAAGAGAUGGAGAAAAGAAGAGCUUUGUGCAAUUUGGUCUCACGAACAAUCUGAUUCAAUCCAUUUUCUCUGCUGUCAAAAAAGGUAUUGUACUGGGACAUGUUUAAUCUCAAAGGUACAAACAAUGUAACUAUACACUAGGAGGUACAACAAAGGUCUUUUAAGUUCUGAUUAUGUACCUCAAAUGGAUUUUAAAUGUACAGUACACUACAUUCUCUAGGUCCAGAACAGUGGUUAUAAAGUUUAGUGCUCCUUUUCAGCUACAGUUUCCUGAGUACUGAUUGCACCUGAAAUAAAAGACUGAUUAUAGCUUAUCCUGUCACUUCAAAUUAAUUUUAGUCAGGAAACUACUAAAGUCAUUCUGCUACAAAUUCUAGCUCCAAGAAAUAUAAUCUUUGUUAUACAUGAGCUAGGUGGCAUAUUUUAGAGCGAGGAGGAAAAAAGUUCUUGAGAAAUUUCAGACUAGAUUUCAUUUAUAUCCUGGAGAGCACGUUGUUUCUCUACAGUGAAGUAAUAUAUUUGUUUCAUCUUCCUUUAUUGAGCUGCCAGAGGCUGAUAAAAUCAAAUACGUACCUUUAAAUGCAGUGUUAGUGUGUUGCUGUAUUAUAGCAAUAAUAAUAGUAUUGGUGUAAAACAUUUAAAGACAUUCAGUGAUCAUGACAUUUCUUCACUGAUUGCAGAAAUAUGUACCCAAAUAAUGUAUACACAGCAAAAGAAAGUAUCUACUUUCAUAUUCUUUUUCAACUCGGUUCAAGGAUACGUGACAUAUAUUUAGAAGUGAGAGUUAGAUCAAAUUGUAUCAGGUUUCAUAAAUGAUCUCUCAGUGUUGUAUUCACAAGUCUUUCCAUAUUUUCACAACAAACUGUGAGCUAAUAAAAAUGCCAUGAAAUAUAUGGUCUCAAAAUGAUGACUUUAUCUUCUAUGGCACUAGCAUUUUUUGGCUUUUUUUUUUGGGCACUGAAUGGCCUUGGAAAGCUGUGCCUGUGGGAACUAUAUUACUACUGUUAACGUUUUAAAAUAAUUAUAAUUAUUCUAUCCACAUUCACUGGAUAUGAGCAAUUGUGUGCUCUGAUUGGCUACUCUACUACUAGGCUAUCAGCUCAUAUACCAUGAGUAGAGGAAAACAAAAUGGCAGAAUGUAUUGCUGAACCAACCGAGGACGAAAUAAAAACUCGACUCGAAAACAAAACCCCCAAAAAUACAAAAAAAAGCAACAAAAUAUGGAAAAAAGUAUUUGAUGGUAAGAAUGAAUCUUUUUUUCCCCUCAUUUUUCAAGAAUUUUUAUUAUUAUCAUCGCAUUUUUCACAAAUUGCUAUGGUCAUUUCGCCGGUUUGUUUACAUUCUAAUUGGAAAUAAUUUUGUCAGACAUUUUGUAUAAAGUUUUUAUUUAUCGAAUUUGCAAAACAAUAAAAAUGCUGUUUCUCAAAAUCCAGUGAAUGUGGAUAGAAUAAAAGUUAUUCCACUCAAUCUUGUCACACAUGGCUUAUAGCAGCGCCUCGUCGGCUGUCUGCUCAUUUACAAUUCAAUUUCGUGGAAUAACUGUUAAAUAUGACAUUUCAGGGUCUGAGUUUGUUAGGUACUAUGAUUAGUAGCAAUUAAUGAAAAAUAGUUUGUCAGAUUUCAUGAACACAGGACACAAAGAGCAUAAUUCACCUGUAAAUAAGAUGAAUGUCUCCAAUCCGAUCUAUGGAUUCAAACUGUAAAAAAUAAACAUAUUACGUGAUUUCAA